CUGGCAUCUAACAUCACAAGCGGUCGUCUUUCCUCCUACACACAGCUGGCUGACAUUGCACAAUAUCCAGACGGUACACGUACCAUGCGACAGAGCGUGCCGCCCUUCGUUCGAUGAUUGCGCUCUGCGCACAGCCACUCUGAUCAAAUAGCGGGCAGGCACUUUGGUCCGAAGUGACCGAUUGCGCUUUGAGGAACGUUGAAGAUCGCGUCGGGAACCAUGCCUCUGCCAAAGGCUCUGCGACGACCGGCUCACACACGCCAGACCACGGAUCUCGUGGAUGGCGUGCUGCCUGAUCAGGAGGGCGCCUCAGGUGAUCAACGAGCUGCCACUGGAGGGGUCGCCUUACAAGAAGUGAACGAGCACGCCAAUCUUGGCCAACCCACUUCCCUUGAUCAUGACGAAGCAGCGAUCUCGCGCACAGCUACACGCUCUACCGAGUCGACUGAGGAGGAUUUCAAAGCGGCGCUGCUCACUUCCGGAGAAGACACCUCGGCGCUGGAUCCACGCUACGAAACGUCCAAGUGGGAAUGCUGGGCUUAUUAUGUCUACUACAUUGGGAACAGCGGUUUAGGCCCGUUCAACUAUUCGCCGUCUCAAGCUCAGAACCUCUUGACUCUAGCUGCGGAGAAAGCUGGCAACGGCACAUGUGGGGGCGAUGCACAGCCUGUAUGCAGACUCCGCUGGGCCGGUCAGGAUCGGACCGUGCAAAGUAUUGUGCUGCUCGCUAAUGGAAUCUCCUUUGCGAUACAGGCAGCACUCUUCCUGGUCAUCGGUAGCAUGGCAGACUACGGCAGGUGGAGACCUUAUGUCCUGAUCGUUUCUACUCUGAUCAGCAUCGGAAUUUCGUUUGCCUGGCUUGGUGUGACGGACGCGGACAAUUGGCGCGUGGGCAUCGCCCUCUACAUCCUGGGGCUGAUAGGCUAUCAGGUCUCGUUGACGUACUGGACUAGCGCAUUCCCGGGUUUAGCCAGGAAUCUACCAGAGAUGCGGGAGUCGGCAGAGAAAUUACAAGAAGUCCCUCCUCGCACCACCCCGGAAGCACACCACGAGCUAGACACAAUGACCCGCAAUCGGAUCGCAAAUAUCGCAUUUGCAGUCUGUUCUGCUGGCGAGCUGGUCGUGCUAGCCAUCAUACAAGGGAUGCUCAUCGCUCUCCAUAGCGACGCGUCGACCGAAUCCAACACUCGCGCAUUGUCCAUCGUGACCGCUUUUUCAGGAGGAGUGUGGUUCCUGGUCGCGCUGCCUUGGUUCAUUUUGGAGAAGCACAGACCAGGUCGAAAGCUACCCGCAGGUCAUUCGUACCUUACAGCUGGUAUCGUCACUGCUUGGACAACCGCCAAGCACAUUUGGCAGCUGAAGCAGUCACUGCUCUACCUUGCCUUCUACUUCAUCAUGGGCGACGCUCUCAAUACCUCGGUAACCGUCAUCUCAACUGUCCAGAAUCAACUCAUCUCCUUCUCGGGUCAGACCUUCAACCUGCUGCUCAUUGUCGGAAUCGCCGCUCAGGGUGUAGGCAUCUACCUCUUUUGGCGCAUACAAAAACACUUCGCGCUGACCACAACGACAAUGCUGCGUUGGGUCGUUCUCUUCAUUAUUCUCCUGCAACUCUGGGGUCUCGUUGGCAUUUGGACCCUUAAAUUUGGCUUCCACAAUGUCUGGGAGGCAUACGCAUAUCAAGCUUUCUAUGGUUUGGUAGUCUGUCCAUGGUACGCUUACUCGCAAACGGGCAUUUCGGAAGCCUCGCCCAAAGGCUACGAAUUUGCUUUCUUCAGCCUUUUAAACCUCGUGGGCAGGACAUCUUCCUUUAUCGGACCUUUUGUCUCUUCGGCGAUUGCCCAGUACGGCAACGAGAGCUACCCGUUCGGAUUCUUGCUGGGCAUGGCAGUGCUGGGAGGACUGUUGUUGAUUCCUAUGGACGCAAAGAAGGGAAGACAGCAACAAGCUAGAUUCAUUGCAAGACAGAGCCGAGAUGCCAGGACACAGGCUAUGCUGCAGGCCGCGACUCAUCAGCAGUCUCUACAAGUCACCUCUCGUACCUCGAAAGAUCUCCAAGAUGCCAAUGUGGUGUAGAGCUUUCCUACCUUUGCUCAUCCUUGCCCCCUGCCCACAAUGCCGAAUUGCACCUUGAUUUUCUUUGCGAUGCCAAA